ACCCUUCUAGUGACUAUCCGCACUGCCGUAUCCGCCCUUCUAUUUCCUAUCCUCCCAUCUAUCCGCCAUGAUAAUACCUUUCUACGAUUGGCAUAUAAAAUCUCUACUGUUUGCCCGACCAGAUCUUGCAUUUCGAGAUAUUUUUUGUACACCAUAACCUUGUCGUCGAGCCAAACAACCAUGGAGCCUUUUUCCAAACCGUGUAAGACGAGUGAUCCACCCGCAUAUACAGCAACCGAUAAAACCGCCCAAUAUCUACAACCCUUCUUCCCAUCAUGUCUCACCAAAUACCCAAACGCUCUCAAGUUCUUCCGCGAAACAUCCGAUCUUUACUGUAUCGUUGCCAAACCGCAGACAUGCACUUGUCAUCCGACCGUUUGCUACCGCUACACUACUGAAAGACCAUUGGAAAAAUAUUACUUUACGGAUUUAAAAUAUGGCAAGAGAACUCUAUCGAGGUCGGAGCUCUGCAAAACAUGGCUUGUAUCGCUUGACUUCCUAUCCCUCAUUGAGUAUAGGUUGCUACAGCAAGUUGAAAAGUCGGUGGAUAAAGAUGGGAAUCAGCAGAGCGAUGUUUAUAACCUUAUACAUAAGAAGAAUGUCGAGACCUAUCAGAAUUGGAGACCAAUAGCUGAAGGGCUUACUAUUGCCAUGGACAAAUUAUACUCAUGGGAAAUCUCUCACCAUCUUCCUAAUCACUGGACGCCGUAUGACGCCACUCAAUCCAAUGGAGGACAAAUAGCUCUUGAAAAUUUUGUUCUCACUCAUAUUCCAGCUCAAGCGCAAACUCAAGAUACUUCCAGUAUGGCCCCAGGCCAAUACCAUGACUACCAAAAGCCCCAAAAGCUUCGAGACUCUCAACUCUCCAGCGAUAACAACAAUAAUAACACUAACAUUAACAAGAAUGACACCUUGACGCUCUCCAUCAUAACUACCACCAAACGAGUCCUAUCCGUGUUCGAUAACAACCCAGAUAAUUUCUUUGUUUGGUACAAGAAGGAGAACGUCGAUCAAUUGCCCUCAAGACAGGUGAAUGGUUUCAAUAGUUACGCGGAACCUCUCUGAGCCCUCGGCUCCCAAGCUGGUUUUUCGUUUUUAGAGAGUCCGCCUCAUCAUUCGUGGUUCAAUGUGGGAUGUUUUUAUGGUAUACAAAGGACUUGGUCAUGUUUUAUUUCCCAUUCCUCUUGGAUGAAUACGCUUGAAGAGACACUAAUCAUUGGAGGACAAAAGUACGACUGGACAGAAGAAUUUGCUUGGGCUGCUUGGAUUUGCUGGGAUUGCUACACCAACCGCUGUGCUAUCCUCAGCAGGAUCAGUGAUACCUGUUAGAUAAGAAUGAUCUUUAGGAUUUGGAGAAGCUUGCAUAAGACAUCCAGUCCAAGAUGACGAGCAAAUAUAUGUACAUGGAAAUUAAAAUACAACUUCUAUAUUACAAUAACUUCUACAGUACAACAACUUAUAUAUGUAAGGGAACGAGGAUAACAAUAAGGAAGAUGGAGAGCAAGAGAACAAUAAGCAGUUGGACAAGUAGUUUCGGAGGACCGAGGAGAGAAAGGAGACGAUAGGAAGAGAAGGAGGACUGCGCAAGGAGGCGUUAGGGAAGAGAGAGGUACGAGAGGAAGGAGACAGGGAAGUGUGGGAAAGCUGAGUCAGCUCGUAGAGCUGAGAAAGAUAUAAAA